CGACGACGUGACGCGGCGGCGCAUGACCUUCGCCAAGGACGACGCCUCUCCAUGCAUGCUCGUGGUGGACGACGAGCUUGACCACCACGACAGCGCGGGGGACGCGUUCACCGUCCUCAACCUGGAGAACAGCGCCAGGCUGCUCCCCAGCUUUGUCAUGUUCAAGGGCAACAACGGCAUGUUCCUGGCCCCCCGACGGAUAAACAAUCGGAACCUCCUCCAGUUCGCGGUGUCCGACAUCGGCGACGUAACCGCUACGUUCCAUCUCUCCCACAUGAACAACGGCACCGUCCUCGUCAACCCCGGCGAUAGCAACACCUCCGCAUACUGGAACCUCGAGAACGGCAACUGGAUCGAGACCAACAUGUCCUUUGGCAACGCCGCCGCCAACAACAGCGCGUGGUUCUGGAUAUACCAGGUGAAGGACAGGUUCUCUAUCCUCAACGGCCGGAGCAAUCGCUUCUGCAAGAGGUUCUCGAUGGGAAACUUGAACAACUGCCUCAACGCGGUCGACCCGACCAUCAUGGCCGAGGCACUCAUCGCAGUGGAGGAGCCCAUCCUCCACCGGGAGAUCCACAGCAUCAGCUACAGGCUGAGUGAGGCCAGGGUGUACGACACCACCAUGCUCACCAUGGCCACCACGGCGGCCGUCAACGACACCUCCACAGAGAACACCAAGAGGCUGCGGCUGGCGUACGAGGAGGAGGAGAUGAGCACCUGGGACACCACUCUCGAGCUCAAGCUCGGGUAUAAGUCCACCAUUAGAGCAGGGUUCCCAAAGCUCGGCCUCGGCGCUCGGGUCAGCAUCUCAGCCGAGUUCUACGGGGCCUACAACUGGGGCGAAACCAUGGAGAAGAAGGUGAGACAUGAGGUCGUCUAUGAGGCCGCAGUGCCGCCCAGGACCAAGGUCACCGUCAAGGCCGUCGCCGCCAGGAGCGCCGUCACCGUCCCCUUCAACUACAGCCAGGUGGACGUCACCACGGAUGGGAGGGUGAGGAGCAGCAUCAAGAGGGACGGCCUCUACACCGGAAUCAACAGUUACGACUUCAAUUUCGAGACUUCACGCGGUAUCCCCGCCCGCUCUGACUCACGCGUCGUUGACAUUGCUGUCGCGCAUGAGAAGACAAGGAUUCCCUCUACCGCCGGCCUCCUUCCGGUUCCCUUCGUCGCUGCUGACGAGCAUGCACCAAAUUCCCCUGCCUUUUAUAUCAGUGCUGAUGAGGACUUGUUCCCCAACCGAAGGAAUGGAUCAAGGCUACGGGAUCCAGUCGGCGAGACCCCCUACCGCAUCAGCUUGCUGAAAGUAUGGUGGGGUAGCAAGGACGAGCUGCUCAUUGGCACCCAGCCCCCACGGACGAAAGCCACCUAA